UUCUCUUGCCUGGAAUCUCAUUACUGUCUGUCCUCCUGUAACACAGCCUGACCCCACUUGGCUGCUUGGAAACGGUUUUAUGCUGGAUGGGAUGCACCACACCACUUUUGCUGAAAGAACGGUUUGGCUGCUGGAUUUAAUGAGUUCUUAAGCCUUUUAAAAUAAAUUUAACAGACUUUCAUGGUGAAAGUGUUGCUGGAAUAGAUUGGAUCAUGCAGAUGGUUCUGUACAUUGACUUAAGGGUCUUUUUUUUCUUAGGUUUUAAAGAUUUCUGUCUUUAAAUAUGGUAAUAAUUUAUGAUUCAAGCAUCCACCAGGUUAAGGAAGAUUUUUUUCAACUUAUUCAGCUGCCUGAUUUUACUGCUUGAGUUUAAACCAACUGCUUGUGAUUGCACUGGGGAAAUUCAAAAUCUCUGGGACGCAGUUUGUGCUGGAGUACAAGAGGUGUGUAACAUCAAGCUACUUCUGGUUGCCUGUCUCAUACGGGUUCCAUCCGAGGUUGUCAAGCAAAGGGCUCAGGUUUCUCCUUCCUCGAGCACCCUCCGGAUUCUCUCCCACACCUUGUACCAUGAGGGUAUUCAAGGACUUUAUCGGGGUUAUAAAAGCACCGUAUUAAGAGAGAUUCCUUUCUCUCUGGUACAGUUUCCCCUCUGGGAGUCCUUAAAGGAUCUCUGGUCAUGGAAGCAGGGUCACGUGGUGGAUUCUUGGCAGUCAGCAGUCUGUGGAGCUUUUGCAGGUGGAUUUGCAGCUGCAGUCACCACACCGCUCGACGUAGCAAAGACAAGAAUUAUGUUGGCAAAGUCUCUCUCUCUGUGGUGCAGGCUGGUUCCAGCAAUGCCAGUGGGAAUGUUCUGGCUGCCCUUGGUGGCAUCUGGAGGACACAAGGCCUGUCAGGCUUGUUCGCAGGUGUUGUCCCACGGAUGGCAGCCAUCAGCCUGGGAGGCUUCAUCUUCCUGGGGACAUAUGAGAAGACUCGGCAGCUGCUGCUCUGAGCCAGUCCAGCCCAUCCUGCUCGGGGAGAAGCCGCCGAGGAGGAGGAGGAGGAGCCGGGUUGGGAGCAGAGCCUUCCUCCCGCACCCCUCACAGCAGCUGUCCUGCAGGCUGAGAGCCACUCGCCCUGCUAGAGAAAAGUAAAUCCCCCAAUAAUCCAGUUUCCCAAACAUGAAAUUUUCCUGCAUGGAAAAUUGGGUGAGGUAAUUUUGAAGAGUCGUGCCAAAAAAGUAAUGUUUGGGGGGUAAACAGCUAAUUACGGUGGCUGCAAAAGGCAUUAUUAGAACUCCUGCAGGGAAAGUGUUUUGGAAAGCUCUGGCUUGGGGGCUGAGUGGGGAGGCUGAAAUAAAGCAAGUUUUCAUCAUUCAGUGGCACCUGCCUCGUAACAGGGGAGGGGAAGGGGCUGAUAGAGUUACAGCCUGCUGCCCUGCAACAGCACCGAAAGGAUCCUGGCUUGGGAGAACUCUUUGUAAAAGACAAUCAUCCAUUUGUUUCUGAUUCGAGCUGUGUUUGUGGAAGUUUAUAUUCCUGUUUAUACCUACAGGUGCUCAGCAAGCAUUCCUGUGUGGGAGCCAGUGCAGCUUUAUUAAUCACACUCAUAUUUCUCCAGUAAAAGCACAGGCUUGUAUUAUUUUACAGCUGUGCGUGUGCAAAGAUACGGAGCUCUGCCUUCUUCUGGUCUUCAUCCCUCAGCAGCUGACAGGAGGAUGGAAGUGCUGAAGCCUGUUGGGGGGAAGCUGGGAGGGCAAGGCAGGAAGAACAUCAGAGUUCUGCUGCUGUAGGGGAGGAUCCUGAGGGCAAAACUCUGCUGCUGUUUUCAUGUAGGAAACAGAAGCUGCAGCAGCCAAAAUGGUGCGAGGAUGAGUGUGAUGGAACGACCUCAUUGGAAUUAUUCAACAUUAUCACCAGGCUCGGUGCUGGGGGUUUACAGCACCAGCUUGGCUGAUGCUGAGGGGUGGCUGGGGUGGUUUAGCUGUGGAGGGUGUUUGUGUGGGCAGGCAAAGCCAAGGGGCUGUGCUGGGUGGUGGUUUCCUGCGUGGGAGUGGUGCCACAGGGCCCUGGGAUGAGCUGUGCCGGGUCACUCAUCCUGCUGGCACUGUCCCUGUCAUGCCAACAUGGAUGUGCUGCCCCAGGGUGCUGUAAUUCACCUGUGAGGCUGUUCCCAUCCUGAGGACAAUGUACAGGUGUCUGGAGUCCAGGGAGAGGGAGAACCUGCCCAGAGUGCCUAGAGCACAGGCUGGGUGUUUUAUUACACUGCUAUGUUGUAAAUGCAGGCAAGCCCGGUGGGAAUGCUGAUGUCUGACUCAGUUCAGAAGGCUGAAUGAUUUCUGUGUUACAAAUAUGCUAAAAUACAUUAAUAUACUAUAUAAAGGAAGAUACUAAAACUGCAUACCUACUUUUUCUAACUUACUCACAACUCGUGACCUUGUCAACAGUCCAGCCCCAGGUGGGUUGGAUUGGCCACCAGGCUCAAACAAUCCUCACCAGAAUCCAAUCAAGCAAUCACCCCAGAUAAACAAUUCUCCAGACACAUUCCACAUGAGAAAAACAAGGAGCAGAAAUAGAAAUUGUUUUCUCUUCCUUUCUCUCUGUGCACCUCUAUGAAAAAUCCUGAGAGAGAGAAAUGUGCUUGCCACACUGCUAUCCAUGACAGAAUAGUAAGACUUUUUAGAGGCUAAAACUUAGAAAAUAAUUGGCAGACAAGUAAAACAUACAGAACAAAGGACAUAAUUCUUAAAAAUAAUCUUCAAUUAAAAUAGGGAAUUCAGCCAAGUCCCGUGUUGGCUGGUUGGUAACAAACUUGUUACCAUGGCUUGGUGAAGCUGUGCUUCCUGCCACUUUGAGGCUGUCUCUUUUAGGACAUUCUAUAUAUACAUAUAUCACAUUCAAUUUUAGGGGCUGGGAAGGGAGGGAGAUUUAUUACUGUGUCUCAAAAAUCUAUCAAAUUUUCUAUUGAAGCUCUUUAAACAUGGUGAGGGGGUUAGCAUCUGCAGCUGAUGCAUUUAAUUACUUGAGCUGUAAAUAAUCAUCUUUAUGUCAUUGGGUCCAAAUGUUACAUUUUUUUGUUGUUUUUAUUUAAUAUUGCAGAAUCAGUUUUUGUCAUCACCUUUUUUUUUUUAAUUAAAAUAAAAAUCCCCAACCAAAACCCAGCCAAGAAGCUGAAUUGUUUUAGCCAAGCUAAUGGUGGGAGGGGACAGAGCUCAAGUGAUUGCCCUUCUUCUGUGCCAGUGGCACAGCUCUGCCCCACAAGAAGGCCAAAGGUACCUGGGGAUCAGGUAAGUGGCAGCCCCAGCAGGUGGCCUGGGCUGUUCUGCAUGCACCAGUUUGCCUCAUAUGGAUGAAAAGGACAUUUUAAGUUUUGGAAAACUGGGGAGAAAAAAUAGACCAAAAAUUGCAUGGAUUCCCCUAUGACUGUUUGCCUUAAGUUUUGGCAAUGUUUUAUUUCAAGUUUACCAAAAUUCAAUGUAACCCAUUACUAGGAUAAAGUAGGAUAACAAAUUUUACACCAGGCACCAGCCUCUUAAAACCUCUCUCAAUUUAAAAAAAAUUUAACUCCUAGAUGUGUUAAGGAACUUUGAGUAUUCUCAGACAACCUGCUUUAUACCCAAAGCGAUAAUUUCAAGGGCGAGUUAGUUUCAAUUUUUAAAAAAUCUACAGAAGCUGAAUUGAGAUUUUUAGUUAAAGCAGGAAUUCAGGCUUAUGUCCAAAGCUACCUCUGGAAUUUCCACCCAGGGUGGGGUUGGGGUUUGGGAAUACCAGAGGUGUUCACAACUGCAGCUGGGUCUGGUGCUGUCCUGGCCCUGUUUUUACUUGCACACACACACCCCCUCAUGUGUUCUGUUCUCUGCCAAGAUAGGGGGACUUGCCAGAUACUAAAGCAAGCUGAUGUAUUGGAAACGUAUUUCUUACAAGUUCUGUAUUGUAUUUUUCAAUCCAGCCCCAAAUUCCACCCCAUCCACAUCCCAGGCUGUCAGAGCCUCACGCUGUUCCCCAGGAUCUCAUGGCCCAAUAUCAAAAGCAGUUUAUCUCCAUUUUCAUAAGAGAAAGACAGAAAAGAGAUAUAGCAAUGGAUUAGAAUUUUAUUUAAUUUUCAACUGAAACUCCCAAAAGCUCACUCUCAACAGAUCAGCCGUAAUAUUAUAAAUGAACUUUUAUUAAAGACACUUCAAUGCCGUUUGUUAGACACUUCAAUAUCUUACAUGUUUUUCAAUGUACAACAUUGUACCAAAUUCUCUAAUAAAUAAAUAAAUUUGUACACAAAA